GAUUGCUCGGGAGAAACAACGUCAUUCUUGCGACAAGCAGAAAAUUCCGAAAACAAUUAAGACGAACACACACAGAGCUCAGCUCAAGCUCGACAAGAUGUUUACAGGAUUAGUUGAGGAGAUUGGAGGUAAUUAACCCCUUUUUAUUUUAGCUUAUCUUGUAGGGAUAUGUGAUUUGGCUGAUUGUUUGACUGCUUAUCAAUUGAAUUCCUGAGGGAACGUAUGACUGAUAUCACGCCGCACACAGUGGUCGCCGAGUUCAACGCAAACGACGAAACCGGCGGCACCUCCGUAACCAUCAACCUCCCCGCAUCAUCGACCCUGCUCGCGGACGCCCAGCUCGGCGACAGCAUCUCCAUCAACGGCGUGUGUCUCACAGCCACGGACCUCUCCACCAGCCCCUCCGACGAUGGCGGCGCCACCACAGUCCCCUCUUUCAAAGUCGGCAUCGCGCCCGAGACACUCCGACUCACGAACCUAGGCGAUUUGAAGAAAGGAUCAGGGGUUAACCUCGAGAGAGCCGUGCGCGCGGAUACCAGGAUGGGCGGCCACUUCGUGCAAGGCCACGUCGACACGGUGGCGGAGAUCGCGGCGAUAGCGAAGGACGGCAACGCGCUGACGUUCCGGUUCGCGCCGCGGAGCGCGGAGGUGUUGAGGUAUAUCGUGUUUAAGGGGUACGUUGCGCUCGACGGGACGAGCCUCACGGUGACGAAGGUCGAUGAUGGCGCGGGAUGGUUCGAGGUCAUGCUUAUUGCGUAUACGCAGGAGAAGGUGGUUGUUGCGAGGAAGAAGGUCGGCGAGACGGUUAAUGUCGAGGUCGAUGUGCUCGCGAAGUAUGCGGAGAAGUCGAUGGCGGGGUAUUUGGGGGCUCAGGGUGAGAUGUUGGUGAAGCCGUUUUUGGAGGGGAUGGUGGAGAAUUUGGUGGCGCAGGCCAUGGGGGGACAUUCUUGAGGGGGAUGUGGAAGGGGGAUGUGCUUGGGUCUCUUUGGUAGGUAGGGGCUUGGUUAGGCUUGGGUGAUGUUUAGGGGGGAAAUCGAAGCUGCUGGAUCAAGAGAUAUCUUCUCUAUAUAUGAUGAUAUGAUGUGGUAUGUCUCACAAGAUGCUAGAAUAUACAAAAGGGGUAUUUGGAUGACCAAUAUGAGAUGUACUAUGAAAAUCGAGCCAGUUCGUUAAUUCGUUUUCGCGCUACGAAUAUAGCCGGUGAAUCCUCUAACAUCAAAUGCCAAAAUAGGAGAAGUCCUCGACAUGAAGA